AUGAUUGCCACGAACAGGUGGGGGCGUGAAAGUAAAAGGUGUUGCUGCCAGCUAAUCGGUGUGCUUCUUGGAGCUGUGCUAUGGUGCUGCCUGGACUUGGGAGAGGCUCAGCUGCAGCCGCAACUGGAGCAGCCGAGUGCCAAAAUUGACUGGAUCACAUUUCCCUGGUCGCGCAACAAUAGAACCAAUAGGCCAAACCAGCUGGCCACGGGCUUGCAGCUGAAGGACGACUACGAUCCGGCGGAUGUCUCCGGUUUUAGCGGCUUCGAGCGUCAUCCCUGCCGCCGCGUCUGUCAGCAGGGUCAGUCGCAGAGCUGCUAUUAUCAACUGGUGGUGCACAACUAUCGCCGCCUGGGCGCCGAGUGUCAACGUUGUCAGUAUGAUGAGCGUGCCUGUGCCGCGGAGAACUGCAUCUAUGGCGAUGGCGUCUCGUCGCCCGUUAUGGCCGUGAACCGCAUGGUGCCCGGCCCGGCUAUAGAGCUGUGCGAGAACGAUACCGUGGUCGUGGACGUGCUGAACUACCUGAAUGAGCCCAGCACGAUGCACUGGCACGGCAUACACAUGUCGCGCUCACCAGAAAUGGAUGGCGUUGCGCAUGCCACCCAGUAUCCGGUGGAGCCGGGCGAGGUGUAUCGCUAUGAGUUUCAGGCGGAUCGCAGCGGUACCCUCUGGUACCACAGCCACGUGGGCUGGCAGCGUGGCUUCGGUGUGGCUGGCAAUCUUAUCGUGCGGCAGCCACAUCAGGCGAAUCCGCAUGCGCGUCUCUACGACUAUGACCUGGUGGAGCACGCCAUCAUGGUGCAGGACAUAUUCUACGACUACAACCUCCAGCAGGCUCGCAAUAUUCUUAUCAAUGGCAAGGGACGCAAUCAUCUCAGCCAGCUGCCGGAUCAGGAUGCCAGGCAUCGCUACGAACGGCUGCGUGUCACGCCCGGCUAUCGCUAUCGCAUGCGCAUUGUGCUCAAUGGUAUAUUUAACUGUCCCGUAGAGUUCUCCAUCGAGCAGCACAAGCUGCUGAUCAUCAGCACCGAUGGCAACGACAUUGUUCCCGUGCUGGCCGAUGGCUUCUUUCUGACCUCAGCAGAGCGCUUUGAUUUUGUGCUGGAGGCAAAUCAGCUUGCCAAAAACUAUUGGAUACGCGUCCGGGGCUACGAGCAGUGCGAGGAGCGUAAACUUUAUCAGGGCGCGGUGCUCAGCUAUCGCGGAGCGGCUCGCAGCGAAUUGCCCCUGGGUGACAUAAUGGAAGAUCAACGUGGCAGAGAGCUGGACGAACCUACCACGUUUGUCAAUGAUUUUCGUUUCAAGCCCUUGAAUGCAUCGAUAUCAGCGCUGCGCAAGUCGAAUAAGGACAAGGAUGUGGGCACUGUGUCCCUGCGCUCCGUAGAGCCGGUUCCUUGGCCAAGUUAUACCAAGUUUCUCACACAUUAUUCCAGUUUGAGCAUGCGUCAGGCACAGAAUGGUGAACAGCUCUUCCAGAUCGAUGAGAUUAGCUACAUUUUGCCGGGCAUCUCAAUGCUGCAGGGUCGACAUCUGUACCAGGACGAUAGCUACUUUUGCAAUCGCAGCUCGCUGGCCGCACAGGGACGCAAUUGUGCACGUGAAGUAUGCGAAUGUGUGCAUGUCAUACGGCUGCCCGCUUAUCGUCCCAUUGAAAUGGUUGUGGCCAACCACAUGGAUGCCACGCAUCCCAUACAUCUGCAUGGCUUCACCUUCCGCCUGGUCGGUCAGGGCGUCCUGGGCAGCUUAAGCGACCUGAGAAAUGUAAGUCAACCAGAUCUACCUUUAGAAUACUUAGCUCUAAUAUUGCUUUCUGCUCCACAGAUACGCGAGCUGGAUCGCCGUGGACGUCUGGCUCGUCUGUCCGAUGACAAUGCAGCCGUGGCUAAGGACACCGUACAGGUUCCAGGACUGGGUUACGUCAUUUUACGCUUCAUCUCGGACAAUCCGGGUUUCUGGAGCUAUCACUGUCACAUCGAAUCACAUGCAGUACAGGGCAUGGCGGCCGUGCUCAAGAUCGGCGAGAACUAUCAAAUAAAAAGCAUUCCGGCUCGAGUGCGCUGUUGAAUCACAUACAUAGAUCUAAGUAAAACAAGAGGUUCUAGUCAGGAGCACCCGACUAGGGAAUACCCUGAACUCUCUUAAUCCAACAUCAAAUGCAACGCGCGCUACGUGCUCGUUUGCUUUAGCAAUUAAAAUAAUUUAAUAAAAAAGUUUUCUCCGUAGGGCUUGAACUCGUAAGUGACCGCAUUACAUUGAGCCCUAUUGAGAAAAAAACGGAUUAAAAUACCAGCACAGAACACAAUUCAAUCGCAAUUGCAAUGCUAUUGAUAUAAUUCAAAGACAUAAUGAAUGUGUGUGUGGGGACAUGUAUACAAAAAAUUAUUGCAAUUUACGCUUGCUGCUGUUAACACGCGGGCAGCCAAAACACAUUUUCUCCAGUAACAUUUGUGUUUCUUAACCGAUCUUAAUUAAAGUUACUUCAUCACAUCGUACUGUGAUAUACAA